GGAGGCUGAAGUUCACUUAGAAACAAACAGGGAAAGUAAGACCGAGAGUAAAGGAGUGAAAGAAAGAGAGAGAAAGAGAGGAACUGGAACUGUUACCAAGGAGACACAAACCCCACCACCAGACUCAGGUGUUUCCCUGAGACUAAAGAAGAUUCCAUCAUGCCAAAAGUCGAAGCCAAGACCCAGGUUUCCAGAGCCCUUAAUAAAACCACUCCAGGGCUACAGAUAUGGAGGGUGGAGAACAUGGAACUGAAACCUGUGCCUUCUAAAACCUAUGGACAUUUUUAUGAAGGAGACAGCUAUAUCAUAUUGCAUACUCGUAAGACCAGCAGCUCUUUUUCCUAUGACAUCCACUACUGGCUGGGUAAACAAACGUCUCAGGAUGAACAAGGUUCAGCGGCCAUAUACACCACCCUCAUGGAUGACCACUUGGGUGGUGUUGCCGUCCAACACCGGGAAACCCAGGGCUAUGAGAGCCCUGCCUUCCGUGGAUACUUCAAACAGGGCAUCAUAUACAAAAAGGGUGGAGUAGCCUCUGGUCUGAACCAAGUGGAGACCAACACAUACAACGUCCGUCGGCUGCUGCACGUCAAAGGGAAGAGGAAUGUGGCAGCAGGGGAGGUGGACCUGAACUGGAGCAGUUUCAACAAAGGAGAUGUGUUCCUGCUGGAUCUGGGUAACCUCAUUAUCCAAUGGAAUGGGCCCAAAAGCAACCGCAUGGAGAGACUCAAGGGGAUGAAUUUGGCCAAGGACAUCAGGGACAGGGAGAGAGGGGGCCGCGCCCAGGUGACGGUGGUGGAGGGGGACGAUGAGAAAUCUUCUGAGGAGGCCUUCAAUCUGAUGAAGAAGGUCCUGGGAGACAAGAGGGACAUCAGAGAGCCCAUAUCCGACGAGGUGGUGGACGAGAAACUCAAGUCCAGCAUUAAGCUCUUUCACAUUUCAGACGCUCAGGGAAACCUGGUGGUCCAAGAGAUUGCUGUGAAGCCUCUGACACAAGACUUGCUCAACUCUAGUGAUUGUUACCUGCUAGAUCAGGGUGGAAUAAGAAUCUUUGUCUGGAAAGGGAAGAAGGCGUCUCAGACAGAGAGGUCCCAGGCACUGAAUAAAGCCGAGGCUUACAAAAAAGCAAAAGGCUAUCCCCCGUCCACCUAUGUGGAGACAGUGAACGAGGGUGCCGAGUCGGCUUUGUUUAAGCAGCUCUUCCAGAAGUGGACGGUGAAAGGCCAGACCGUGGGUCUGGGCACCACUCACAGCCCAGGCAAAAUCGCUAAGGUAGAGCAAAUCAAGUUCGACGCCACGUCUAUGCACGCCCGGCCCGACCUGGCGGCCAGGCAGCAGAUGGUCGACGACGGAACAGGUGAAGCAGAGGUGUGGAGGAUAGAGGACAAUGAACUAGUCCCUGUGGACAGAAAGUGGCUGGGACAUUUCUACGGCGGCGACUGCUAUCUCAUCCUUUACAAGUAUGAAGUCAACAACAAGAUUCACUACAUUCUGUACAUCUGGCAGGGUAGUCAUGCCAGCACAGCAGAACUGACAGCCUCAGCGUACCAAGCAGUGAUUCUGGACCAGAAAUACAAUGGGGAACCGGUACAGGUUCGGGUUCCCAUGGGGAAAGAGCCGCUGCAUCUCAUGGCCAUAUUCAAAGGGAAAAUGGUCGUCUAUGAGGAGGGAAGUUCCAGACAAAGCACCACAACAUCUCAGAAUGCCGUGAGGCUGUUCCACGUGUACGGAACAAACGAAUUCAACACGCGCGCCGUCGAGGUUCCUCCACGUUCCUCAAGCCUCAACUCCAACGACGUGUUUGUGCUCAGCGCUGAGAACAGCUGCUUCCUGUGGUACGGAAAGGGCUGCAGCGGGGAUGAGAGAGAGAUGGGGAAACAGCUGGCUGACAUCAUCUCCAAGAGGGAGAAACAUGUGAUCGCAGAGGGUCAGGAGCCAGCAGAUUUCUGGGUGAACCUGGGAGGGAAGACACAGUACGCCAACAGUAAAAGGCUUCAGGAGGAGCACCAUGACAUCACACCACGCCUCUUUGAGUGCUCCAAUCAGACGGGCCGCUUCAUCGCCACCGAGAUCGCCAACUUUGACCAGAGCGACCUGGACGAGGACGAUGUGAUGUUGCUGGACAUCUGGGACCAGGUCUUCCUGUGGAUCGGCAAAGGAGCCAAUGAGAAGGAGAAGGCGGAUGCGGUGAUCACGGCUCAGGAGUACCUGAAAACCCACCCCGGUGCCAGGGACCCAAAAACCCCCAUCGUACUGGUCAAGCAGGGCUUUGAGCCGCCCACCUUUACAGGCUGGUUCCACGCCUGGGACACACACAUGUGGAGUGGAGGGAAAUCCUACCAGGAGCUCAAGGCAGAACUUGGAGAUGCAACUGAGGUCAUCAGGAUUACAGUGGACACCGCCAAACCAAACUCAACACUCAUCUCUAAUGACAAGGGCAUAAUGUCGUCAGCUGCACUGCCUACCUUUCCAGCUGACAAGUUGGUAAACAUUCUGGCAGAGGACCUUCCAGACGGCGUCGACCCGACCAGAAAAGAGGAGUAUUUGUCAAAUGACGACUUUGCUCUAGUUUUGGGAAUGCCUCGCUCAAAGUUCUAUGCCAUGCCUCUGUGGAAACAACAGAACCUUAAGAAAGAGAGAGGCCUGUUUUAGGAGGGAGACGUCUGUAUCACUGAUCACUACACGACAGAAACCCCAUGCCCCCCAUCUCUCAAUUACUGACCCAGACUAAAAUGAGAUUAAAGUGGUCGAGAUCACAGUACUGACAAUAAAAAAAAAUCUUAGAUUACUUUUUUCUGCUUUUCACAGUUUUACAUCUAAUUACAUUAUAUACUACUACUACUUUUGGGAGAAACAAAUCAAUAAUAUUUAAGUUAAAAUCUGUUAUUUAAUUUGAAAAGGGUUUAAAUAGCAUAAUAUUUUGUUUAAGUCGAAUAACGCUCAUUAAAUUUUAGAAUAAUGUAAUUUUGUUUCCUAAGAGGUAAUGAGUAUGUAGAUCACAAAUCGCUUGCCUGAGGUUGAAACUUUUAUGAUGUGUUUAUAGAUUUAUUUAACUGUAUCAUGAACUGCCAACUUCUCAACACCUCAAGGAUAUCAAGGGCAUUUAAUGAGGGUUUGCAGGGAUUAUUUUUGCUCAAAUAACAUACAGAUAUCAAAAUAAAUGCAGAGAUAUGAAGACUGUUUUGUUUUAUUACAUAGUGAUUAAUGUGCAACGGAGAACAUUUAACUAAAAUUGUUAUUAAGAAGAAUUAAUAUAUCACGUUUUAUUGUUUCAAUAAACAUUUCAGUUGCAAUACUGACUCUACUUAACAAUCGUGAAUGGUCUGAUUU